AUGUCAGCUGUGACCAGCCAGCCUCUUCCUUUUGAUCGACUGGAGCGAGAGAGGCACAUCCAGAUGAUCUUCAGAGCUUUCCAGAACCGCUGUGGGCCUUCCUGUGAGUGCCACGCUCACUCACCUGGACCCAAACUGCACCAAACACCUCCUGACUGGGAAUCUGAUGGGCAGCUGUCAGGUCUGGCUCCUGGGACAAAGAUAAAGAACCUGCAGCCACCAGGAAAAGUGAGCAGGCCAGGGGUUGAGGAAAAGUGGCCCGGAGGUGCAGCAGGAUCCCAUUUUAUGUCUGCGCUGGAAACAGUCAGUCAAAUACAAAUCACUGCCAGACCGGAGCUGCAAGGUCCACAGUGUGUUCCCAGGAGGAUUUACAGCAUCACCACAGGAGGCAGCAGGUCACAGUUAUUUGUGGCUGUGGAAGAGAGUUCCUGUGUGUGCCUCCAGUGUUGCGGUCCAGCUCGGGCCUGCUCAUUGCAGGGCUUUGACUGUCAGGGCCGCCAGGUCUUUUAUUUUGAAAGGCCCCUUAGGGUGGACGCCUGCUGCCUCGGCUGCUGCCUGAUGGAAAUGAGAGCCUACACACCUCAAAAACAUCUUAUUGGCACUGUAUGCCAGAGGUGGAGCAUGUUCACCCCUCUCCUGGAAGUGUGUGAUGCAGAGGGAGCAUCUACCGUCAGAAUCCAGGGCUCCUGCUGUCCGUGUCGCUGCUUCUCCAACCAGCAGUUCCAGAUUGUUUCCAACAUUGGUGAGAAAAUGGGCACAAUAUGGAAGAAAUGGCCUGGCUUCAGUGACGAACAUAACAUGGACCAUGAGUAUUUUGGGUUGGAAGUGCCACAGAGUAUGGAAUCACACACUAAACUGCUGCUGCUGGCAGCCACUUUCUUGUUGAAUCACAUGUUCUUUGAAAUGAGCUGA